AUGCAUGAAUGGUUUGGAUCAAAUGAUUUGAAGGGAAAUUGUCCUUCCCAUAGUGGUUCCUCUACUGUAAUUGUGAACUUGCAUGGAGAUGGGUUGGUUUUGUUCGUCUGGUGCAUUUGUGGUGGUGCUAUUGGAGGUGGUGAUUGGUCGUGUUUGUUGGUGGUGUUUCUUCUCGGUAGUGGUAAUGCUACUGUUGUCUUUCCUGGUGUGGUCUCGUUUUGGUCUGCUGCUUUUCCUUAA